AUGUCUUACACUAAAAUCCAUCUCAAACCUCAUUGUGAGGCUGGUGCAGUCAAUCCAUCCCCCACUGUUUCUCUUCCCUUAUUCCAAGCUCAGCAAGUUCAGGGUGGUCGGCCAGAUGGGUACUGGAUUGAAGCAUUUCCUUUCUCAACUGACGAACACAAAUGUCCCAACAUCAUUGGCUAUGGUCUCGGCACCAGUACAACCAAGAGUGAAAUCAAGAUGUUCCUCAACCCCUACACUACAAGCAACUCUGACUCCUCUGACUGGAAAAGUGUUACACUUGCAGAGCUUGACUUCCCUGUGACCAUGCACUAUGCUGAUAUUACUGGAAAUGGUUUCAAUGAUGUCAUUAUAUCUGAUCAAUAUGGACCCUCCAUGGAUGAUAUUUGGCCUGAUGGAGGCCGUGUCAACUGGCUGGAAAACACUGGUGAUCCCAACAUGUCAAAUUGGCCAAUGCGCACUAUUGGUCAGAGCCCUGGCAUGCAUCGUCUCAAAGCAGGCCAUUUCACUCGCAAAGAUCGUCUACAAAUCUGUGCUGUCCCUAUUGUUGUUAAGUCUUCAGAUUUAACCACUCCAGCCCCAGUUAUCAUUUUCACAGCUCCAAAUGACCCGAAAAAGGUUACUAGCUGGCCUUCUGAGAUCAUUGCCAAGAAACAUCUGGUCCAUGAAGUUGUUAUUGCUCCUUCCCCAGCCAAUAAUGGCUUAGAUGGCAUUCUUCUUGCUGGUCGUGAUGGUGUUGACUUGCUUUGGUUUGAUACAGAAUGGAAGGAAUUCAAAGUUGGUACUGGCCUUCCUCCAACUGAUGGUGACCCUUACUGGGGUGCUGCCUCAGUUGCAGUUGGCCGGGUGGGUGAUGACUUUGCAGGUUAUAUUGCUAGCAUUGAGGCUUUCCAUGGCAAUACAGUUUCAGUUUACACCAAGCCUGCUGGUUCACCUCAUGGCAUUAUAAAUUCCCAGUGGACUCGACAUGUUCUGGAUGAUUUUGGUCCUUUGAAUGACAAACAUACUGGCAGUAUUCAUCAGGUUGUUUGUGCUGAUAUUGAUGGAGAUGGCAACGAUGAAUUCCUGACUGCAAUGAUGGGUGCCGAUCCUCCAGAUUUUAAUAGGACAGGUGUUUGGUGCUAUAAAAUGACCAAUCAAGCAAAUGGUACCUUCACCAAAACCAAACUGGAUAGUACCUCAGCUGGAAGAAUUGCAACAGCUCAUUUCCUUCCUACAGCAAUAAAAACAGUUGAUUAUGCAACAAUUUCAUAUUCCGUACCUGGGUACUUUGAAUCACCAAACCCAUCCAUCAAUGUUUUCCUUUCAACUGGCAUUCUACCUGAGAAGCUUGACAAUGAAGUUUCCUUCAGAGUUGUCAGAGCAAGCACUGCUGGAUUCCCUUCUGAGAUGGAGUUCUUGGAUGUUGCAGGGCGCAAGCUUACUUUGGUUGUCCUUCCCCCACUGACAUCAUUCAAAGUCCAGCAGAACACAUCCGCUGUAAAGAUUUUAGCUGGGAGUCUGUACUGGAAGGAGGGGCAAUCUGGAAAAAAGCAAGAACGGUUUGUAACCACCCGACCUCAUGGUUGCCAGAAUUUGGUUGUCAAUGCCAGCACGGUGGAGAGUGGAGAUGAAGGAUCAAUUUUCACGUUAUUCAAGGCCUCUUCAACUUCUGGAAAACCUCCAUUCUCGUCAAUGCAGCAAGUUAUCGCUCAUAAUGCAUUCCCUGCUCAUGUUCCGGAUGAUGUACGUGCUAUGAACUUUAAAUGGUUCAAGGUAGAGGAUCUUCCUUGGGCUCAUGGCAGAUUCGAUGGACUUGAGUUUUACAACCUCGUUGGUUUCAAUGUUCGCUUCUCAGACGAUUCCAUGGAUGAGGUCGCUCACAUUCAACUGUGGACCGCUGGUAUUGGUGUCUCUGCUGGUUUCCACAAUCACAUCGAGAAAUCAUUUGCCGAAAUCCAUGCUUGUAUUACGAAUGGAACUGGGGAAGGUGGUAUGAGAUGGGCUACAGUUCCCGAUGAUCAGUUUGACCGAGAUAAUCCUGAUUUGACAAAGACGAAGUUAGUCGUCGUCCCUGACCUUCACGAACAUGGUCCACUUUGGAGGAUAGACAAGGAUGGGUAUCCUUUACUCCGCAUGAAUGAUACAGUCGAUUAUCCUUGGCAUGCUUGGCUGGCGGGAAACGGAAAACCCGGACAAAAGCAAGCAUAUGAUGUCUGGGUGGCAUUCGAGUUUCCGUCGUUUGAAACAUAUUCUACUCCUCCUCCGAAAUCCGUACUAGAACCAGGCACCUAUGUUAUUUCUCCAGACGGUUCAUCGGGAUCCUACUAUCUUGGACUCAAGGACGAGGAUGCUACAGAUAGAACCCCCGUUCUCGCUUUCCCCGGAUCGGAUCGUUGUCAGACAUGGAAGGUCUCGCGGGUCCCUGGAACGGAUGUAUACGAAAUUGCACAUGUCAAGACUGGUUCCCUUCUAUGUUCCCGGUGGCCUCCCGUUACCGAGCAACGUGUCGUCGGAACUCAUUCGCCAGCGAAUAUGGGUAUGACCUCGCGUUGGACUGCUUAUAAGGAUGACGAUGGGAAAAUAAGCCUUCGUCUUCCGGGACCUCAUAAGCUGUUCCUCGACACCUCCAAGAAUCUUGAAUCCCCGUUGCCCGUCGUCGUAAGGAGCUACGACUCACCUCAGCCACCUGCCUGGAAGUUCGACCGAGUUUGA